AUGUCUUUCAACUUCGACAUUGCAAACGAAGAGUUGGAUGAAGAGUAUGCGGACUUUGCUUCCGCACAAGCUGAUCACGCGGCCGAUGAGCCGCUCGACGGGGAUGGCAGAGCAGCAGAGCCAGCAUCAAGCGUCAAAGGUAGGGAGCACACGCUGGAUGAAUUGGUGAGUCGUUGGUGAAGCGCACUUGUAAAGAUGCAUCUGGACUGUGCUCAAUCAGCAGUGUCCGAUCGCUCAUCCGCACAGAUCGAUGCUCUACCAGCAAGAAUAUCGUACUCGACGUUGCAGAUACCUUUGGAUGCACAGAAAGGCGCAAAACAAGCGCGCGACGAGGACAAACGGAGAUGGACAAUUGUGGCCAGGAGAGAUCUCUUCGAUGCUAGAUUUCAGAUGAUAUACGCCAGCGACGAUGAGGAAGAGGCAGAUGGAGAGUCGAGGAACGGCAGCGCAGUCCCCGAGGGCCACGAAGCGGGUCUAGUCGAGGCCGAUAGCGAUCUUGUGCCUGGCGUCUACGAGGGUGAGUGCGUAGGAGGGGGGGCGGUGUGGGUACCUGGCCAGAUUGCAUUGGGCACCAUGGCGCCACGCACAAGGCGCAUACAUGCUGGAUUGCUGUAUCGCUUCCCACGCAUCAGAGACCUCACGUCAAUAUCCUUUUCGGAUAGGUGGACUCAAGACUUGGGAGUGCUCGCUGGACCUCAUCGCUGCGCUUGACGCGCAUGACCGCCGCGACGAUGGCGAGUCUUCGGACACAGUUCCGUUUCACUGGCUCGGGGGUCUCAGCGUCGUAGAGGUGAGCGAUGCGCCAGCGCUGUGCACUCGUGGCGGGCUAGUGAGGCUUAUCAACACCGUCGUCGCUGUUUAGCUUGGAUGCGGAACAGCGAUACCCGCGUGCUUCCUGCUGGCACGGCUGAUGUGUGUCGAGAUCGACGAUGCUCGUCAGGAGACGAUCUUGCAGCUGUGCGACUUCAACGAGCAAGUGCUGAAGCUGGUGAGUCAAUGCGGGUGACUAGAUGAAGGAGACGCGCGCAGCUGAGUCGCAGUACGACACCACAGGUCACCCUUCCAAACUUGAUCUUGGCGUGGUACACCAGUCCAGCGUCCUCUGCAUUUCGCGCCUCUGUUGCGGGUGCAUCAGGCGAGUCGGAGGGCAUUGAGCUCGACCUGGUCCCCGCUACCGGCGAGGUUGAUCUCUCCGACGAAUUGCUGGCAGCCUUCAAGGAGUCUCUAAAACAUCGCAAGGUCGCACUCAGGUUCUUUAGCGGGCCUUGGAAGGAUCUAGAAACCUGUUCACGCGCAACCUCGAGCCAGAUGGCGCCAUCCAGGGCACCACAGCUUCUAGAGGCCGACUUGCUCUUGUCUUCGGAAACGAUUUACAGUCCUCCUGAUCAGACUGCUCUGCUUGACAUUCUACAGCGCCUUUGCAAGGCUUCGUCGACCCACAAUGCCUCUGUGCGAGCCUUGUCGGAAAAGUUGCAGACUUCGGGCCUGCAAGAGUCGAGUGCCCUGGAUCAUUCUGGACUUCACGUUGCAGCCCAGCCGUUGACUCCGAGGAGGAAUGCAGAAGUCCUAGGAACAUUGGCUCUCAUUUCUGCUAAAGUGCUCUACUUUGGCGUUGGUGGAGGUGUACACGCUUUUCGCCAGUCGAUCGAGAAGGCAGGCGGUUGGUCCCACGAGGUGCGCAAAGUCACCAGUGGAGUGGGCCGAUGUGUGCUGAGCAUCGGCUGGUCUGCAGACAAUUGA